GGACGCGACCUACUCACCCGGCACCCGCCACAGCAACGACUGCAAACGGAGGCGGGGAAGCGGCUCUACCGGGAACGGGGAGGGACCUUCGGCGAAGCGAAACUGAAACUUUGCGGCCCCAGUCGCAGGGCGGGACGCGCCUUAGCCCCAGUCUCGGCCCCGUCUCUCCCCGAAGUCCCGACGCGGAGCCAUGGCCGCCGGCGUCUGCCCGCCGUCCCCGCUCCUCGUGCGUGUGUCCGAGACCGUCCCCCGGCUCCACUGGAGGCUGGAAAAGUACUUCCAGAGCCGGGCCUCGGGCGGCGGGGAGUGCACCGUCCGGCCGGUCGGCCACUGCGGCCCGGACACCUUCCAGGUGGAGUUCAGAGAAAGGGCAGCUAAGGAGGGAGUGUUGAAAAAAGAAAAGCACGAAAUGGUUAUUGACAACAAACAUGUGACCAUUUUCCUGGAACCCACUGAAAAUCCAGUAGAGAACACGAGACCCAAAAUUUCUUCGCUGACACAGUCACAGGCAGGAGUACAGUCUGCUGAGAAGCAUCCAAAUGAAGGACAUAUUCCUAACACUGUGGAUUCCUGUGUCCAAAAGAUCUUUCUUACUGUAACAGCUGAUCUGAACUGUAACCUGUUCUCCAAAGAGCAGAGGGGAUAUGUGGCCACUCUCUGCCCCAAUGUCAAAAAAAUGGAGGGUCACAAUGGAAUUGAAAAGGUGUGCGGUGACUUCCAAGAUAUUGAAAAAAUAUAUCACUUCUUGAGUGAGCAGUUGCUAGAAAGUGAGCAAAAACAUGAAUCUUCCUCUUCAAAAACAGAAAGGAAAAAGGCCCUCAGUGAGCAAGAUUGGGACAGCUACAUUUCUCCUUCUGAGCCAGAAACCAAGUCAGAAGAAAAAAGCAACUGUUUUGAAGUUCCCUUGCCUUUCUUUGAAUACUUCAAAUUUACCCGUCCUGAUAAAAUAGACUCAAUAGAGAAAAGAUUUGGUAUAAACAUUGAAAUCCAGGAGAGUUCCCCAAAUAUGGUCUCCUUAGACUUCAUCCCAAGUCAAUCAGGUGACCUAGAAGCAGCUCGUGAGUCUUUUGUCAGUGAAUUCCAGAAGAGCACAGAACUUCUGAAGCAAGAAUGUGUCUCUUUAGCAGACAGUAAGCAGGCAAAUAAAAUCAAACAGGAAUUGAAUCGUCAGUUUACAAAGCUCCUUAUAAAGGAGAAAGGAAGAGAAUUAACUCUCCUUGGGACGCAAGAUGACAUUUCAGCUGCCAAACAAAAAAUCUCUGAAGCUCUUGUCAAGGCGCCUGUGAGAAUAUUGACUCCCAGGUGCAUGCUGAAUGGAGUUGAGGUUGACACUGCUCUCUAUAAGGUUUUAGAAGCUAAGUUACUCCAGGAUAUAUCAGAAAUAGAGAAAAGGUAUGACACUAGCAUCAAGGUUUCAGUAAAAAGUCAGAAAACUUGCAUUUUAUUUGAACCUAAGGACAAGCAGGUAGAUCUAUCUGCGCAUGCUUAUGAAAGUUUCAUCGAUGCCUUUCAGUACGUCUCAUGUCAGCUGAUGAGAGAAGUUCUUUCACUGAAAUCUUUGAGCAAGGUGAGAAAGCACUUACAUAGAACCAAGUUUACUGAUGACCUUAAAAAAAGGCAUCCAGAUAUACACUUUUUGCUAAAUAAAGAGUCAGUGAUUUUGACUGGUUUGCCAAAUCACCUUGCAAAGGCCAAGCAGUAUGUCUUAAAAGAAGAGGGAAUGUCCCCAUUGGCUGGAGACAAAUUGAAUGAGGAUCAUGAAACACCCAUGGACAUUGAUAGUAAUAAUUCAAAAGCAGCUUCCCUUACAUUCAACCACUCGGCGAGUUCUGAGGCUUCGGAAGAGGACAAGAAGAAAAAGAACGUCUGUGUCAUCUGUAUGGACACCAUUAGUAACAAACAAGUGCUACCAAAAUGCAAGCAUGAAUUCUGUGCCCCUUGUAUCAAAGAAGCCAUGUCAUAUAAGCCAAUCUGCCCUGUGUGUCAGACUUCCUAUGGUAUCCAGAAAGGAAAUCAGCCAGAAGGAAGCAUGGUUUUCACUGUGUCAAACAUCUCACUUCCAGGCUAUGAAUCCUGUGGCUCCAUUGAGAUUAAAUAUGAUAUCAGAGGAGGCAUACAAACAAAAGAGCACCCACACCCAGGAAAGAUGUAUCCUGGAAUACAGCGAACUGCAUAUUUGCCUGAUAAUAAAGAAGGAAGGGAAGUUUUGAGACUGCUUCAAAAGGCCUUUGAUCAAAAGCUGAUUUUCACAGUGGGGGACUCUCGAGUAUCAGGAGCCUCAGAUGUCAUCACAUGGAAUGAUAUUCACCACAAAACAUGCCGGUUUGGAGGACCAGAAUGCUACGGCUACCCUGAUCCUACUUACCUGAAACGUGUCAAAGCAGAGCUGAAAGCUAGAGGAAUUGAGUAAGAAAACUGCUGGAAGAAUGUCUUAACCCAAGCUUUCAAAAAAUAUAUUUCAGGAGGCUGAGUUAAUGCCAAUGUAAAUCCUUAUGUACACACACCUUUUAAAAUUUUUCAUCUUGAGAAGUUGUUAAUACAAGAGUAAGUAUCAGCUAGUCUGUCA